AUGGACGACAUUGUCCGUCCAUCUACAUCUACGGACUAUUCAGGAGUCAGGUUCCUGCGCCCGUUCCAGUUUGAGCACGAGCAAAUGGCAUUCGCUCAAGCUUGGCUCUAUCUUGGGAUGUUGGUCGAGGUGCUAAACCUUGGCCGUUUCAAAGAUCUUGGACCUCAGUUUGGUCGCCCGUUCACUUUCGAGGAUUUCAUAUACCAGGAGAAUGGACGGGACUAUCUGAAGACCAAUCUCGAUGCACAGUUCCUCCACGACUGGUACAUCCAGAUGUCUGUCAUGCACAAAAUGUGUUCAGAGGCCCCAGAACUCCAACGCCUACACGACCGCCGGCUCGCAGAGCUUCGGCACAUUUUUGAAAGGUGUUACAUGUUCUUCACCCUCCACUUGAACUCCACGCUAUUCUACAAGCUCCCUGAACCCAUGAACGAAGACUACAAAAUUGUUCAUUCCUCAAUAUCCGUGCUUGGGUCCUUCCUCAUGGACUGGAUUGAGCACAUAUUUGACCAAAGAGGACAUAAACUGCAACUCAAUUGGCUUCCGGGACUCCAUAUUCAGGAUUCAUUGUCCGGGCAAUGCCCUGCAAAUAUGUUCAGAAUGCAGAGUCAGUACCGCAGCUACGUCAUGCAGUAUCUAGCGGAGCUUCAGUGGCCUGUCGAUGAUAAAAAUCACUCGGGGUGUUCAAAUCGCAAAUGCGUCGCUUAUCAACUGGACAAGGCCACCUACACUUUCAAGAAGAGCCAAGCGUGUCUUGGAUAUCAGUGUGGAUUCGAUGGACCCAACAAGGAUGCUGUCAAGGAUAUUCUGAGAGCAGGAAAGAUCCCGGUCAUCCAGAUAUCCAGUGGUUCAGGCUCCGAUAUCAAAAUGGAAGUUUUUCCAGCGGAUAAUCGAGAGUACUAG